AUGGCUUCGCCCGGCUUUUCUGCCAAUGUUAUAAUUUCCAUACCACCACCAUCAUCACCACAUCACAACGGCAAUCUUGACGACGGUGACGAAGAUACCGCUGAUUCGCCAGCUUCCGCCCUCAUUGUGGCCAUGGCUUCGCUGCCUCUUCUCUCGGUGCCUGGCCAUGGCAACGAUUUCUACGAAAUGGACGACGUCGCCCAUGCCCUUGACGACUGGGCCGUAAAGGAGAACAAGGUCACGGCAGCGAGGUCACGGGAAUUGCAGGAGUUAUGGAAGGCGGUGGGGUAG